GACUUUCAUUUUGCACUAAUAAAAUUACAUAAAUUCAUCCACAGCAUUACAUCAGCGCUCUUCUCCAACUGUGUAGUUGUUCAUCUCUGGAACUAGAGAAACACUCUCUCGCCAAUGUGUUACAAGCGAAUUGAUCUCGUUUGGAAUUUAUUCUGAAAGAAAGAGUUAUUAAUCAUCAUUACUUGGCAAAAAUGAAGCCCGCACCCGACCCAAAGGAGGUCCAGCAUUUUCAAUUCAAACAAUUGCCAGCUCGACAGAUCUGCGAACCCCUUAAGACAGCACCGACCGGCUGUAAUCAAAUUACUACAGACGGCAAGCGCGGACUCUUAUACAUCGCCCAUACCAACGAAAUUACAGUCCUUUCCUGCUCUCCAAGGGAAAGCACUCCACCUCUGCGUCACUGCCUGCCCACAACGAUUUCUCGAAUUUCCCUGAGUUGUGACUUUUCCUACCUCAGUGUGGUCUACACCUCUUCAACGGCCCACAUCUACAGUGCUUCCUCUCUCAGCAAGCCCUCCCUGGAGCUUCUCCACGAGAUUCAGAUGUCGCCGUCGCCGUUAUCAGUCUUCGCAUACGAUCUGAAAUGGAACCCCUCGAUCCCAGGCAUUUUCAGCACAAUAGCCAGCGAUAGCACGAUUGGCUCGUUCUUGGUCAAAGAGGAUCAGAAAUCCACGUUAAGUAUCAUUGCUCUGGAAAAAUUGCCGGGCUUGGAGCCAACAUGUGUUGCCUGGAGCCCCAAGGGCAAACAGAUGGUGGUGGGCUGCAAGAAUGGUGGCAUAGCUCAGUUGAAACCAGAACUCAAAGUAGCAAGAAAUCUGGUAGGCCCCUCUUCAAGCCUUGGGGAAGCGCUGGUGAUCAUCUGGAUUAGCAACUAUCAGUUCUGCGCCGCAUACUCAGAGCCCAUCGGCCAUCGCAUCAAUGUGGUCAUCAUAGACGCACCAAAGGGUGAGACAAAGGCCUCGUUCACCAAUUACGAGGACAUCACCUUUGGCAUGCCACUCGGAGGGGAGCCUCCGAGAUAUUAUAUUGAGCACAUCCCAGAAUGGAACAUCUUGGUUGCAGCUAGCAGUGGCAGCAGUGAAGUUGCAAUACUCGGUUCCAAUGACAAUGGUAUUACGUGGGAGCAGUGGCAAUUAAUAGAUAGUGGUAGGGCAGAACUUCCCUGCAUUGGAGGUAAUGAGAGCUAUCCCCUUGGAAUGGCCAUCGACAAAUCUCCUCAGGAUGUAUUACCCUGGGGGGAAGAGAGUCUUCCCCAUCCGAUGCCAAUGCUUCACAUACUCGGAGACUCUGGAAGAAUUAGCUCCUACAACAUGAUCAAUCUAACACCUACUUCCGCUAGCUUGUGCUCAGCCCCUUGGGAACCAGCGACCAUUUGCUCCCUACCACCUCCACAACACAACAGAAUCAGUCUUGUACCCUCUGAAAUGUCGUUUACCAUCAAUUCGGCAACUACUAGCACCCCCAGAGUCAAACAGAGUGGAACAAAGCCAGAGAUUACCACCACUAAUCUCUUUGAAGACAGAAUAAGAACUACCUCCAUAGCAUCAAACAGUAUUUCUCAGAUUUUUCCAGCCGCCGCUCCUGUACCCAUGCCUGUCUCUGCUCCUACCACUGUUCCUGCCCCUGCCCCUGCCCCUGCCCCUGCCCCUGCCCCUGCCCUUGUCCCUUUCUCUCAACCUUCUCAUCAGACUGAAAAGCUUACUUCCCAAGUGAUCACCAAAUCUAGAAUUGAAACUGUGGAAAUUUCUCAGAAGGAGCUCUGUCGUGCUCCAAUUAUUAAGAAUCAGCUUCAGCCUUUGGUGCAAGAGAAACCUGUCAUCGACGAACGUAUCUACUUCAGAGUGUCCAGAGAAGAGCAAAAUAUAUUCGAAAAUGAAUUGAAAGAGACACUGAAGCCCCGCAUCUGGGAUUGUGGCAGUGAGGAGGAAAAGCAAAAGCUCAUGACACUUUCCAUCGAGAUCGAGGACUUUCUCCGGGAGCUUGAAGAAACGACGGGCAGUUUGGCGGGUGAUAUCUGCUACUUAAAAGCUCUUCUAUUUCAAUCUUUUGUCUGGAUUGAGGAAACCAAAUCCCGGAACUCCAUUAGUUGCCAGGAAAAUCGUGAGCCUCACAAUAAAAGUAAAAUCAAGGAGCUUCAGAUACUUUAUUUCAAUAUCCAAUCCCAAUUGAUUCAAGCAAACAAGGCCCUGGACAUGGACUGGGUAGAAUUCCAAUUCCGAGAUAAAUUCAAAAUGAAAAUCCCGAGUUUGGAGUUUGUCUAUCAAAGUUUGAAAUGCCAUGGAGAAAUCAUAGCCAAAGAGAAAUCCAACUUGGAGAGUUACAUUCAGAAAUGGAAAGUGCUAUCGAGGAGCUCUAAGGUGACAGGCCUCAACCGGUCGAUGUCACGACUGAGUCUCGAUAAAACUCCAAGUUCCACAAAAGUGAAUGGCGUAGAUGGUAUGGAGUUUCGUUGGAAAACAAUAGCAAACAACACUAGGAAUAUGAGCAGAGAUAAACAAACGAAACUGAGAGAACUUCUGUUGCAAACUAAAGUGAGAGUUAUCAAAACGAUGAGUUCAUCUCCCCUUCAAGACAAAUUGGAGGCCACCUUGUCUUCUCUCACCUCUCUGAGUCCUAUUCCCGUAGCGCAACGUCUUAGAGGAGAUGUUAAAUCCAUUUCAGAAGGUGGAGUGAAUGAAUUAUAUACUGGAUCAGUUGCACCCACAAAUUAUCCACCAAAAUUCCAAUCAUCUAUGACAAUGACAGAAGCAACAGCGGCCUCUACCCCAUCUGCAGCAAUUGAAAAAUCGAACGCAUCGAGCCCACUAGCUUCUCUCAACUCGAUUGUAGCACAAAUUGGAAGUAUAGAAACUGGCAAUAGUAAAACGCCAAUUCCUGCUAAAUUCCAGCCCUUGCAACACUCAGGAUUAUCAUUUACUCAGGGCUUUGAUCCUUCUAGUGAAAAAAAUCCUCCUACGUCGGAUUUACACAUGGGAAAACCCAUUGCACCACAGGCUAUUCUUCAGACUGUUGGUAAUCAUCUGUCAACAACAGCUGCCCUCUCCAAGAUUCUCAAUGUCUCCUUCAAUAAUUCCGAGCAAAAAACACAGAGUACCAAAUCAUUAAGCACUUGCAAGGAAACUGCCAGUAAAAAUGAGAGUUCCUCGUCAUUUGGAGUAAAGGAUCAGCCUGCUCAAGGCUCCACUAGCCUUUUUUCUGAUGCUCUGUUCAAAAGUACAGGUCUCAUUAAUACGAUAACAGGACAGCCGCCACCUCAAACUCAAUCUCUGGGAUCAGUAUUAUCAAUAUCAUUUAAAGAUACUCCUGCAACUUCCCAGAGUGUUUUUAGCUUUGCCAGUUCUCCUGUCCUCCCAAAAACUCAGGCUAUUGCAGUUUCAAGUGCAACUGUUUCCUCGAGUCAGGGCUCCAUCAAUAUAUCUGGACUGCCUGUUGAAUUUUCUGAAAAACAGCUUGACCAGACUGAGACGACUCCAAUUUUUGGGAAAUUGACGGUGCCAACUAGUAGUAUCAAUUUUGGGAAGAUCCCCAGUACUUCAAGCGUCGUUGCAGCUGCCGUCCGAGAUCCUAAUGAAACCAAAAUCAAAUUGCCAAUAGGGACUACGAUUGAGAAACUGCCAGUCACGACAUCAUCGGGAGCUCUAAUCGUAGGGAAUUCCAAUUUAAGUGGGAAUAUUUUCGGUGGACAGAUCGGACUUUCCUCUUCAGUGUUUGGAGGAACAGCUCAAACUUCAUCUUCACCGUCAUUCAACUCACCUCAAGUAUCAUCAGUUUCUGGAGUCACCUCACCUUCACCUUUAACAAAUGACAGUCCACUCUCACAGAGAAUGAACACAACGGUGUCAAGCCUGAAUUUUGGCAAAAGUUUGACCUCGCCAGAUAUUUCAGGGACACUUACAGGCUCUGCCUUCGGAAUUAGUAUUGCCUCUGAGCCUUCGUCCACUAGCCCUAUUUUUGGGCAUUGUUUAGCUCCAGCAACGACAGUGGAAUCACUCUUUGAUGCUUCAUUUAUUCAAACGACAACAACAACAACUAAUGGAUCAAUUUUUGGGAGUUCAGGUGAUUGUGGAAUAGCAGCACCAAUAAUUACAACAACAGUUGCAGCACCAGGAAUGAUGGAAUCAACACGAACAGGAACAACAACAAAGACUAAUGUAUCAAUUUUUGAAGGGUCGAGUGCUCAAACAAUGACGUCAACCACGAAGAAUACGACGACGACGACGACGACGACGACGACGACGACGAUGACGAUGACGACGACCAGCACCACCACCACCACCACCCUCGCGACGAUGGCAACUGGUCAAUCAACUUUUGAGUUUUCCAAUCAUCAAACAACAACAACAACAACAGCCACAACAACAACAACAACACCAGCAACAGCAACUGGAUCAAUAUUCGGAGGUUCAGCUAUGACACCAGCAACGAUCAUUGGUUCAAUUUUCGAAGCACCAACUGUCCAAUCAACAAAAGCAUCACCUGGAUCGUUAUUUGGACAGGCAUCAUCCUCAUCAACAAGUGGUUCCAUAUUUGGGAAGGCUAUUACCGCAACUGCAUCUUCUGGACCAAUAUUCGGACAGUCAUCAACAGUUUUAUCAGUGACAACAGCGUCAGGAUCGAUUUUCGGGGGUACCGGGGGUGGCAACAUCUCAAGAGGGAUCUUUGGGUCUCAAGAAGCCAAUAAUAUCCCAAUAUUCGGGGGAUCUACUGCAGGAAGUAUAUUCGGUGGUGACCAGGCUAGCCCAACAGAAAGCUCCAUAUUUGGAGGCACACCAGGUGCUUCAUUCGGUUCACCAACGUCUCCCCCAACGAUGUUUGGAGGUGCCAAAUCCACAGGUAAUAGCAGCAUCUUUGGCGGCACUGCCACAUUCAGCUCACCAAUGGUAGCAACAACCCCAUCACUACCAGCCCCUUCCACUUUUGGGGGAGCACCUGCUUUCGGUGCUAAACCAGUAUUUGGUCAGCAAACUGGCCAAUCCGUCUUUGGAUCCCCCAAGCCAGAAUUCGGAGCUAACACCUUCGGGGGACAGCCAACCUUCGGAAGUCCUGGCUUCACAUCUUCCAGCAUGGCAAGCCCUCUUGGGUUGGGGGCUCCAGCCAUGGGUAAGGUAUUUGGUAGCCCUACUGGAAACUCUACUUUUGAAUCUCUCGCAGGACAAAACGGGGCUAUGACCUUUGGCAGCUUGGCCCAGAAGAGCCCUGAGAAACCUCCUCCCCCUACAUUCAGCGGGGGCAGUUCUUUCUCUAGCUGGCGUUAAAACUACAUUCGACUACAUUGAAUAAUUUCAUUGAAAAAAAAUAUUGCACCCUUUCUCAUAUGUAUUAUAUGGCUGUAUUUUAUAGACCAGACGAUCUUUAUUGUUUAAUCAUGCUCAUUUAUUACUGAAACAAAAAUUGAAAUGAUUAUUAUUGAUGGAUAAAUAAUAUUUUUAGAAGAAUA